AUGGGUAUACAAGGAAGCCACCAAGAAUGUCAAAUAUGUUGUGAGGACAAACUUGCGUGUGAUUAUGGUCUCCCAUUAACUGCUACUUGCGGACAUAUAUAUCAGACUACAUGCAAUAAAUGUGUCGUACAGUACGUUGAAAAAGCGUUUGAAGACACAUGUCGAGAUGAUAUUCGUUGUCCUGAACCCGACUGUGGCAGUCAACUCGACUAUAAUGUAGUGAAAUAUAUUCUCAGCUGUGGUGAUGAUAAGAAAGUUUUUGAUCGGUACGAUCGAUUUAUUCUUCAUCGACAAUUAGAGCAGAUGGAUGAGUUCAUUUGGUGCUCAAAUCCUGAUUGUGGGAUGGGACAACUCAACGAUGGUGGAUCCGAAAAUAAUAUUAUCACUUGUUUUAACUGCCAUCACAGAACAUGUUUUAUCCACAAAGUUCCAUGGCAUGAAGGACUAACAUGUGCAGAGUAUGACGAGACGAAAGAUGCUGAUGAUGAAGCCAGUCAGCUGUGGAUGAUCCAGAACUCGAAAAAAUGUCCCAACUGUCCAUAUCGAAUCGAAAAGAACGAUGGUUGUGACCGUAUGAAAUGUAUGAAAUGUUCGUAUGAGUUUUGUUGGUCUUGUUUGGCUGAUUAUGAACGGAUACGAAAAGAUGGUAAUCACAGACAUCAUCCGAACUGCAAACAUUAUGCACCGUACGAUGAAGAGUAG